AUGCCUGAGCUGUCACCUCCAGGUCGUGGUCGUGUGCGUUGGGGACCUGUAGAAGAGUAUUACCCGGCUCAACCACAAGCUUUUCGAUAUGAGGCCAGGCAUCCGUCAAGGCGCAGCACAAUUGAGAGAGUUGAAUUACCGACUGAGAGACAUCGUAUCCGGAACGAAGUAACUGGACCAUAUCCUCGGGGGUCCAGGGAUGAUGCGCCAAUUCAGAUGAGAACUCAGAGACUUCAACGUCGGUCUAGGGAUGAGGUUCCUGUGCAAACAUACACCGAAUGGGAUAUUCCUGCUGGGCUUCCAGAAAAGGCUCCAGGUGGUCCUGAUAGACAGUAUACCGAAUCUCCGCGUCCAAUUGAGAAUGAAGAUGCCGAUGAUGAGGAUGAGGGUGAGGGGCCAAGACAGAAACGUUCCUCAUACGACAAGAGCGAAUAUAGCCGGCGAUUUAGGAGUCGAUCAAGAUCCCCAGGAUACUCCCGUUAUGAAAGUCCGAGAUAUGAAAGAUUUAGAUCUCGUGAGACUACCCCACAUACUGCUGCCGACAGUGAGUGGUACUCAAGACACAGAGAAUGGAGCUUCUCAAGCAACGAGUACGAUCCCUACGACAAGUUCGACUUCUCUUCCCAAGGCCAGUCUAUCACCGAGUCGUCAAUGGCGGGCGAUUCUGAUGCUGAAUCACCCGAAUCUGAAGAGCGGACUAUUCUUUCCAAGGUUGAGAAAGCUGCCCACACGCGAUCUCAGCUAACACUGGUUCAAUCUUCGAUUUAUACAGGGAAUGCUGAGAUGGGCGGGUCGCAUACAGCAACUCUUAAUGUGGUUCAUGAUCCUAAAGGGCAAAAGAAUCCACUUUUUAGAUGGCUUCACGUUCCCCAGGAUGUUAUGAACUUUGAAGAUCUCUGGAUCGAAAUAAGCCGUAUCUCGGACCUAACAGAACUAGAAAAGAAGGCAAUUGCAAGACUACGUGGCGAUGUCAAGAAGAACUGCGUUAAAUCAAGAACCAACCCCAAAGGUGCAAAGGUCGGGUACUUGGACCCCAGAUGCAUCGAGGUGCCCUUGAAAUCGCUCAAACAAGAAACAACAACCGCCGAUACCACGACCGGAUCGGCGAGAUGGAUAUGCAUACCUUAUUUCUCACUCGAGCAGUACUCUGGCUUGCUCGCAGCUACAAGCAUGUCUCUCUUCCCUGCUCAGACUCUCCUACAAGUCCAAUACUCCCGGAACACCGCGGCAAGAGACAUGGAGCAGGCAGUUGUCCAGUUAGGUAAUGCAGAUCGAGGGGAGUGCUUCCAUAUAUCCCAGCUCUGGUGCCUGGUCAUCGAUGAUAGUUUGAUAGUAACGUGCGGAACAAUGACGAGAGAUGAUCUCGUCGGUCAAGCACUUGAGAUCAAGGAGCAUCCAUCUCGUGUUCUAGCAACUGAACGAAAGGGGAGUAUUCUGGUUGCUUAUGGCGAUUCAGUCGUGUGGUCGCUCGCGACAGAGGAGUGCCGGACGUGGUUUGCCUUUUUGUCCAAAUUCCAAGCAUUCUGGCCUAGGAUCGUAGAGUUUUGGCACAAAGACCAAGCUGUAACAGCUGAUACAUGGCCCAAGAUUCUUAAAUUGGCCUCGAACAUCCGAUCAGGGUCGCUCAAACUAACCAUGAAGCUGGGUUUUCUGCCCGAUCCCCCAGCACGGGCUGUUCUUCGUUCGGAACCACAAAUCCUGCCAAGUACGCAUGGCGGAAAAGGCAAAUCCAAGGGACACGAAUUUGCCCACGUAUUAGCGGCGGCGACAGAAGGUCUCGGGGGGUUCCAUACCCAGGAGGCUGGUCUUAAAGCUCUUGAGGUCCAGCUUGAUGCAGCUGAGAGGUUUCUGACAUGCGAGACAACCUACUCAGAUCGUAAGGCUUACAAGAGCUGCGAGACUGCGACAAGAAGUGAAUGUUAUGACUAUUUGGCAGGGUUAGCAAGUCGAGUUGAGGACGAUGGGAGCGACAUUGUGCGACGUACAUACGAAGAAAGAGUGGACAUAUUCAACGCUGUCGAUAUUGUCUAUACCUUCUUCCUGCCUCUGAACUUCAAUGGGUCAAUGGUCGGUAAGUUCUGGGGCGCUGUCAGAACAUUGAUUGAGUUGUCCAUAUUGGAUGACCCUGUUCUUCGACCUUCGUACGACAACACCGCCAGCAAUAUUCGAACGUUUACCAGAGACUUGACCAGAAACAUCAUGGCUUUUCAGAACAUUGUCACCCAUUCUUCCAAAGAAGAGCGUGCUGAAGUUGAGCUGCCGUCUGAGUUCUCAAAGGCAUGGCUUUACCUUACCAUGGCCAUAAUUUACAGCGCCAAGGAUGAUCCAAAGUGGAACAGCCGAAUGAAAAGAGCAGAAGACCUUAUCGAAAAGGGGUCCAAGAAGUUUCUCCAAGGACUCUCUGAGAAAAGUCUUCUUGAAAAGGCUGCCGUGCUGCCCCUAGAGGUACUUUCACUUGUUACUAUGGGCUUGCUGCAGGAUCAGGUUGGCAAGUCUGACGAUAUCUGCGAUACUUACUCACAAUAUCUCAACUCCCUGGAUAAUGCUAUCACAUCAAAACCCUCAGACAGGUCGUUCCAACAUCAGCUCGAUCUGGUCCAGCAAGAGUUGGUAGCUGUUAAGCGAACGCUCUGGAAACAAAAGUCACUUAUCACUCGACUGCGAAACACUCUGACUGCCAUCGAUACACAAGACAUUGUCGUGAGUCAAUUCGAACAUGAAAUGGUGAUAAAAGAUGCAGAGAAGCAAUAUAGCACCAAACAGUAUUACGCAGAAGCCUUGCCACCACCUCCUCAUUCGCAUCGGCCAGACGAGGACUACACGCGGAUUGCCCCUCCUACUUACGUCCAGGAGGUUCAGCCCGCCAAUGACUAUAUGGGCCUCGACGAUGAAUUCUUGUUUGACAUGGCAACGUCUUCGAAGCUUUCCCCUACUGAUGCGGGUGGUCUGCGCGGUCUCUUCUUUCUCGAGUGCUCGCGCCUCAUCGAGCAGCGGGAGUUUGAGUUUCGACGCUUCACUGAAUUCUCAAAAGAUCUAGAGCGUGCCAUUGCUUAUAAAAUGGACUUCACGCGAGACAGGCAAGAGCGCGCCAUCUACGCAUUCACCCUUGUUACUAUUGUCUUCCUGCCCAUCAGCACGGUGUCGAGUAUCUUUGGCAUGAACACGACCGACGUGCGAGAUAUGAACUACUCACAGUGGCUGUACUGGGUGGUUGCCAUACCACUGACCAUUGUCGUUAUUCUUGUCGGAUUAUGGUUCAUGGGAGAGCUGGGGAAUUUGACUCAGUGGCUGCUUGGACGAUCUGCAAAGGGGGCGUCGGGAUAUGGCGGGCCAACAAUCGUUCCUCAAACACUUGAAGCAUCCUACUGGGCCCCUUCUCCGAUUGCGCAGACUACCCAAGUGGCAGAGUAUUCGUCGCCGUAUGAGCCGGAGCAUAGUAUGCGUAGGAGGAUUCAGGCGCAAGCCUAUCAUCCUGCUCAAGGGCGAGUAUAUCGAUCACGGACUAUGGAUGCUGGGAACUAUCGGUAG